AUGAGGCAGGAGCUGCGGGUGCGGCGCGCUCGCCACGCCAGGGCGCUUAAGGCGCGUCCAGAGCAGGUCGCGCGGCGGUGCGCCGACGCGUUUGCCGAGGAGACGCACCCGCGCGUCCCGGACGGCCGCAUCCCCGUCACCAAGGCCGCCCUCCUGAUCGCCCUAGAGGACGAGGCCGCCGCCGCCGCCGCCGCCCUCGCGCCGCUGGCCGCGCGGCCGGCCGCCGCCGCGGCGCACUUGGAUCGCAGCAGCGGCGGCGCCGCGACGUGGAGCCUGUCGCGCCUCGACGCCCUCGCGGACGACGCGCUGCGCCACUUUGCGGCGCGCCACGGCCCCAGCGCCCACCCUGCGGCGGCCCCGGCCGGCGGCCCAGACAGCCCAGACGGCCUCGACCGAACGCCGCGCGCGCCGGCACCGCCGUCGACGCAGCGGGUGCAGCCGGUGCGGGCGUGGCUGCCGGGCCCUGGUGGGGCAGGCGCCCUCCGCGACCUGGGCGCCCGGCUGCAAAGCGGCCUCGCGGCCCUGCUCAGGCCCGCCGCGCCCACGCGCGUCAACGCCAGCGGCGCCGCCGCCGCUUCAGAGGCGCUCGGCGCGGCCGCGGCGGGCAACGCGGCCGCUGGCGGGGCGCGGGGGCGGCGUGAUGGCCCACGCCCUGCAGCUGCGGUCGGCGGCGACGGCGGCAGCGGUGCGGACGCGCUUGCCCUGGUGCGGCGCUACCCCCUGGCUGCCCUGGGGUCUGUCAACGCGGUGCUGUUCCAGCAGCAGGGCUACACAGCAUGCAACCGCUGGGGGGACCCCAGCCCUGACCCUUGCAACCCCGUAAUCACCCUGCUCCUGCGCGCCCCGCCGCGACGGCCUGGCAGCGACGCCCAGCUGUCAUCAGUGCUGGAGCGCGGCGCGGGCGGCUGCGUGGCGCUGUGCAUCCUGUACUCGGCGGUGUGCGCUCGGCUGGGGCUGGAGCUGGCCGUCAGGGUGCUGGUGGACGAGGGAGGCUCACACUACUGCCUGGCCUGGCCCGCGGACGCGCCGCUGGCGGCGGCGGGGGUGGGGCGGUGCGUGGUGGACGUGUACGGGCGCGGCGCGCUGCUGACUGUGGACGAGGUGUGUGAGCUGUUUGGCGUGACCCAGGAGGACCUGCUCACCCCCUCCAGCCGCAGGCAGCUGCUGGCCGCCCUGCUGGCAGACCUCCUCGCGGCCCACUGGGCCGCCGCCUGCGGCACCGGCGCCUCCCCUGCCGCACGGCUGCCGCUGCUGCCCGCCACGGCGCUGGACGCGCGCGUGCAGCGGCUGGACGGCGCCGCGCUCGAGCGGGCGGCGGCGGCUGCGUCCAAGCGCGUGGCGCUGCUGCCCCACUGCCAGGAGGCGCGCCUGCAGCUGGGCCUGCUGCACUACUUUGGUGGCGCCUACCAGGACGCCUGGCUGGAGCUGGGGAUCCUGCUGGAGAGGGCCAGGGCGGGGGCGGACGGCGCGGAUGACACUGAGCGCGCUGCGCCUGUGGAAGGCUCGGCCCCAGGCGGGGCCGGCGGGGGCGCCACGGCGGGGCCGGCGGGCGCUGUGUUGGCGCCCGAGGUGCUGCGGGACGCGGAGCUGCUCUGGGAGAAGCUGCAGCUGGAGCUGCUGGUGGCGGCAUAA